AUUUAUCAGUUGUUUGUUUGCAAGAUAAUUACAUUUUUUUUUUGUCUCUCUUGAGUAAGAAAAGGUGGGGGGAGAUUAGUUAUACUUAUGGCUUUUGUUGUUUCAAUAUUGUUGGCCAUCUUUGCCAUGGCUAUUUUCACUGUUCAAGCUCAAGAAUUUGCUCCUGCUCCUGCCCCUACUAGUGAUGGAAUAUCUGUAGAUCAAGGGAUUGCAUAUGUGUUGAUGCUGGUGGCUUUAGUUCUAACAUAUCUCAUUCAUCCUAUGGAUGCUUCUUCCUACAACUUAUUCUAAAUUCAGUCAGUUAUAAUCUUUAAAUUAUGUUGCUUUUUGGGAAAAUGGUUGUAAUCAUUCUUCAUAUGGAUUUAAUUGAUUAAUCAAUUCAUGUUUAAUUUAAUUUCUAA